GGAGGCGGCCCUGGAGACAAGGCUGAGCGGGGGCGGGACCGCGGCAGUCUGUGCGGUUCCGGGUCUCUUGCCGCGGCUCAACCCAGGGCGCACUUGAACGGGUGGUGCUGGGCGAAGGGUGGGUCUGGGGAGAACCCCCGAGCUCCGCGGCGUCCCCCACCUUCCUCCUCGCGGCAGCUGAGCCACAGCCCGAGCCGGCGCCACCUCGCCCCCCGGCUCGCACGCCCCCAGCCAUGGCUUUCGCCAAUUUCCGUCGCAUCCUGCGCCUGUCCACCUUCGAGAAGAGAAAGUCCCGCGAAUAUGAGCACGUCCGCCGGGACCUGGACCCCAACGAGGUGUGGGAGAUCGUGGGCGAGCUGGGCGACGGCGCCUUCGGCAAGGUUUACAAGGCCAAGAACAAGGAGACAGGUGCCUUGGCUGCAGCCAAAGUAAUUGAGACCAAGAGUGAGGAGGAGCUAGAGGACUACAUCGUGGAGAUUGAGAUUCUGGCCACCUGCGACCACCCCUACAUCGUGAAGCUCCUGGGGGCUUACUACUACGACGGGAAGCUAUGGAUCAUGAUCGAGUUCUGUCCUGGGGGAGCCGUGGACGCCAUCAUGCUGGAGCUGGAUAGGGGCCUCACCGAGCCCCAGAUUCAGGUCAUUUGCCGCCAGAUGCUGGAAGCCCUCAACUUCCUCCACAGCAAGAGGAUCAUCCACCGAGAUCUGAAAGCCGGCAAUGUGCUGAUGACCCUCGAGGGCGAUAUCAGGCUGGCUGACUUUGGUGUGUCUGCCAAGAAUCUGAAAACUCUGCAGAAACGAGACUCCUUUAUAGGAACGCCAUACUGGAUGGCGCCCGAGGUGGUAAUGUGUGAGACCAUGAAGGAUACCCCAUAUGACUACAAAGCCGACAUCUGGUCCUUGGGCAUCACCCUGAUUGAGAUGGCCCAGAUUGAACCCCCACACCACGAGCUCAACCCCAUGCGGGUCCUGCUCAAGAUCGCCAAGUCAGAGCCGCCCACCCUGCUCAGCCCUUCUAAGUGGUCAGUGGAAUUCCGAGAUUUCCUGAAGGUGGCCCUGGAUAAGAACCCAGAAACUCGGCCCAGUGCUGCACAGCUCCUAGAGCAUCCCUUUGUCAGCAGCAUCACCAAUAAUAAGGCUCUGAGGGAGCUGGUGGCAGAGGCCAAGGCUGAAGUGAUGGAGGAGAUCGAAGAUGGCCGGGAAGAGGCAGAAGAGGAAGACACGGUGGAUGCUACCUCUUCUCUAGGGAACCACACUCAGGAUUCUUCUGAGGUGAGUCAGCUGAGCCUCAAUGCUGACAAACCACUCAAGGAAUCAUCUUCCAACCCGCCAACACAAAGCCAGACUCAGGACAGUGUGAAUGGGCCCUGCAGCCAGCCCUGUGAGGACAGAUCCCUCCAAACCACUAGCCCCCCAGAUGUGGCCCCUGGAAAUGAGAAUGGCCUACCUGCACCCCUCCGGAAGUCCCGGCCGGUGUCAAUGGAUGCCAGGAUUCAGAUAGACAAGGAGAAACAAAGCACUGACUGGGGGGACCUCAGUCCAGCAGCCAACAGGUCCCCAAAGCCAAGCCAAAGCCGGCCUAACAGCAGUGCUCUGGAGACCUUGGGAGAUGAGAAGCUGGCCAAUGGUAGGCUGGAACCCACUUCCCAGGCAGCUCCAGGCCCAUCCAAGAGGGACUCAGAUUAUGGCAGCCUGUCCACCUCUGAGAGCAUGGACUACAAUACCUCCCUCUCUGCUGACCUGUCCCUGAACAGAGAGACAGGCUCUCUGUCCAUUAAGGACUCAAGGCUGCACAAUAAGACCCUCAAGCGGACACGCAAGUUUGUGGUGGACGGUGUGGAGGUGAGCAUCACCACCUCUAAGAUCAUCAGUGAAGAUGAGAAGAAGGAUGAGGAGAUGAGAUUUCUCAGGCGUCAGGAACUCCGUGAGCUCCGGCUGCUGCAGAAGGAAGAACAUCGGAACCAGACCCAGCUGAGCAGCAAGCAUGAACUACAGCUAGAGCAGAUGCAAAAACGUUUUGAACAAGAGAUCAAUGCCAAGAAGAAAUUCUUUGAUACUGAGCUGGAGAACCUGGAACGGCAGCAAAAGCAGCAGGUAGAGAAGAUGGAGCAAGACCAUGGUGUGCGCCGCCGGGAGGAGGCCAAGCGGAUCCGCCUGGAACAGGAACGGGACUAUGCCAGGUUCCAGGAACAGCUCAAACUGAUGAAGAAGGAGGUGAAGACCGAGGUGGAGAAGCUCCCCCGGCAGCAGCGGAAGGAGAGCAUGAAGCAGAAGAUGGAGGAGCACUCACAGAAAAAGCAGCUUCUUGACCGGGACUUUCUAGCCAAACAGAAGGAGGACCUGGAGCUGGCGAUGAAGAGGAUCACCUCAGAGAACAGGCGGGAGAUCUGUGACAAGGAGCGCGAGUGCCUCAGUAAGAAGCAGGAGCUCCUUCGAGACCGGGAGGCGGCCCUCUGGGAGAUGGAGGAGCACCACCUGCAGGAGAGGCACCAGCUGGUGAAGCAGCAGCUCAAAGACCAGUACUUCCUGCAGCGGCACGAGUUGCUGCGCAAACAUGAGAAGGAGCGGGAGCAGAUGCAGCGCUACAACCAGCGCAUGAUGGAGCAGCUGAAGGUACGGCAGCAGCAGGAGAAGGCACGGCUGCCCAAGAUUCAGAGGAGCGAAGGCAAGACGCGCAUGGCCAUGUAUAAGAAGAGCCUCCACAUCAACGGUGGGGGCAGUGCUGCGGAGCAGCGUGAGAAGAUCAAGCAGUUCUCCCAGCAGGAGGAGAAGAGGCAAAAGUCGGAACGGCUGCAGCAGCAGCAAAAACACGAGAACCAGAUGCGGGACAUGGUGGCCCAGUGUGAGAGCAACACAAAUGAGCUGCAGCAGUUGCAGAAUGAAAAGUGUCACCUCCUGGUAGAGCACGAAACCCAGAAGCUGAAGGCCCUGGAUGAGAGCCAUAACCAGACCCUGAAGGAAUGGCGAGAUAAGCUCCGGCCACGCAAAAAGGCUUUGGAGGAAGAUCUGAACCAGAAGAAACGGGAACAGGAGAUGUUCUUCAAACUCAGCGAAGAAUCAGAGUGCCUGAACCCUCCCACCCCAAACAAGACCACCAAGUUCUUCCCCUACAGCUCUGCAGACGCUUCCUAACGGCCACCUGGGACUGUGGCUUGCAGGUGGCCCAGCCUCUGGGGCCCUCCCAUUCUCUGUGAACAAGUAACUCAGGACCCACAUUCCUCUUACUUCUGCGCCAGCUUGAACCCAGCCCCUUGCCCUGUGUCACCCAGCAGUUCCUGGCAAACCUGUCCCAGUGUCCCUGAUGCUCAUAUGCUCAUGGAGGGGGACAUCCCAUUUUAUGAAGCCUGACCUUAAUG